AUGGCUCGCGGUGCACGCGCGAGUCCAUUGCUAUGGGCGGCCGUCGCGGCACUCGUGCUACUCGGAUCAACAGCGGCGGCGGCGGCGGAGGAGGGCGAUCACACGUUCAGCGCGAGCGUGGUGAAACUGACGGACGCCAACUUCAAGCGGAAGACCAAAGGCCACACCUUCGUCAUGUUCUACGCCGAAUGGUGCGGGCACUGCAAACGGCUGAUCCCCACGUGGUCGCAGCUCGCGGACGAGCUCAAGGAGGCGGGGCGCGCUGACGUCAGCAUGGCGUCGCUGCUGGCAACGGAGCACCGCGCGCACCCCGCGGCGAAGCUCGUGCGCGGCUUCCCCACGCUCAUCUGGUUCCACGCCGGGCGCCCCGUCGCGCAGUACGAGGGGAUGCGCGGGCACGCGCGGGCGCUUCAGACGCGUCCCCCCUUAGCGCUCGCUGCAGCAUUUUCCGGCUCUGCUUCCGUGCACCCCCCUUCCAGUGCGCGCACCUUUCCGUGUGCGCAUUCACGCGCCUCCCUCUGCUCCCUUUACCCGCAUUUGCGCCCCCUUUCACUUCCUUCUAGCCCCCCAGGCCCCCCCGACUCCGCUACUCUCUCCGCCCCAUCCACGCCCUUCCUAUCUCUCACCCAUUUCUCACUCCCGCUCUCCAACCUCCUUCAUUCCCCAUGCUCAAUCUUUUCCCAUCUCUCACUCCCACUCCCCUCCCCUCGCCCGCCCCUUUCCUUCUCCCCCCCGGCGCGCCCCCAGGGGGACAGGUCGCGGGAGUCGCUGCAGGCGUUCAUAGAGGAGCAGGCGCAGCUGGGGGAGGCGGACCUGGCGGAGGGCGCGCGGCGCAUAGAGGCGGAGGCGCGGCGGGCGGAGGAGGAGGCGCAGCGCGCGGAGGAGGGGAAGGGCGCGGAGCCCACGUUCAGUGAGAGCGUGGUGGAGCUCACUGAUGGAAACUUCCAGGAAAAGACCCGCGGACACACCUUCGUCAUGUUCCACGCGGAAUGGUGCGGGCACUGCAAGCGGCUGAUCCCGGUGUGGUCGCAGCUGGCGGACGAGCUGCAGCAGGCGGGGCGGGCGGGCGUGGGGGUGGCGGCGCUGCUGGCCACGCAGCACCAGAAGCACCCCGCCGUGGGCUUCAUCCAGGGCUUCCCCACUCUCAUCUGGUUCCACGGGGGGCAGAUGGUCGCUGAAUACUCGGGCGAUCGCAGCAUGGCAUCGCUGCGUGCCUUCGUGGAGGAGCAGGGCGCGCUGCAGGGGGCAGCCCUGGCGCGCGCGAAGAAGGACAUGAAGGCCGCCGUGGAGCGCAAGAUCCGCGAGCGCCAGGACGAGCAGCAGCGCGCCGCCCAGGAGCAGCGCCGCAUCGAGACGGAGUUCGCCGCCCGGGUGCCGGAAAUCAGCCUGAGCGACCCGAGCAGGGUGGAGGGGCAGGCGGUGGUGGUGCUGCACUAUGCGGACUGGUGCCACGCGUGCGGCUCCAUGAAGACUGUGCUGCUGGACUUGCUAUCAGACCCCCCCGUGGAGGGGCUUGUGGUGGGGCGGUUCAAGGACCCCCAGGCAGGGCUGCUUGCUGCUGGUAACACGCUGCGUAACGGACAGCCCACGACGUUUUUUGUGAGCGGUGGGCGGAUUGUGGAUGCGUUGAAAGGGGUGAAGAAGGGUGAGGAGGUGCGGGAGUGGGUGAGGGAGCUGGGGGAGUUGAGUGAAGAGGAGGUGGAGGAGAGGGGGAGGGAGUGGAGGGAGGGCGUGGAGGAGGAGGUGGAGAGGUUGCAGCGUGAGGAGAGGGAGAAGAUUCAGGAGGAGGUGAGGAGGAAGGAGGAGGAGAAGAGGAGGGCGAAGCUGCAGAAGCGGAGGGAGAAGACCAGGUGGGCGGCGUGA